UUUGAACUGUUAUGACCGCAGUUAAUUCAUUAAAUGUUUGUAGCCUAUGAGUGAGCAGAGAUUAUAGGUCUAUUAGCCUACAUGACAAUAACGAACUCGUUUCUGAGUUCCGACACUAGACAAAGUGUCUAAACACUAUAGUCAUGCCUCUGGAAACAUAGGUUGAAAAUCUGGCAACCAGAGGUGACACUGAGGGGCGUCUGCUGAAACCAAACAGACGGGGUAUAAAGUCCAUCAACAGCAGCGGGUCGACUGUGUAAAACUUCACCGUCCUAACUGUGACUGUUUUAGUUUCAAGCCAUUUUCAUAUUUCGUCUAAUCAUAAUGGAGAUUCCAGUAUUUACUCUAGACGCCUUCACAAAUUUACCGUUCAAGGGAAACCCUGCGGCUAUUUGUCCACUUAUGCAUGAACUGAGUGAUUAUUUGUACCAGAGGAUAGCAGCAGAGAUGAACCUGUCAGAAACAGCUUUCAUCACCAGGAUCAAUCCCUCUGACAAUUUUACCACAGGAUCAAGGUUCCGACUUCGAUGGUUUACACCAACCAAUGAAGUGAAUCUGUGUGGUCAUGCCACUCUGGCUUCUGCAGCAGUGCUGUUCAAGUAUAAGCAGAAUGAGAAUCCCAAACUGGUGUUUGAGACCAGGAGUGGAGAUCUGGCUGUCACCCAGCAGGGGGAAGGGUACAUCAUGGACUUUCCUCUCAACCCACCAACCCAGGAGGAUGCCAAUGAGUUCAGAGACAUCAUCAAGGCUGCGGUUGGAAACCACCCGAUCCAGGAUGUAUAUCUGAGCUCCAACACGAAGAAACUGCUGGUUCGACUGGCUGACAGCUGUGACAGGUCAGUGCUAACCAGUCUGAAAGUUGACCCUGUUGCUCUUCAGAGCAGUGAGACGAGUGGAAGAGUCAAAGGAGUAAUCAUCACCAUGAAAGGAUCCCCAGACUGCCAGCCAGGAUACGACUUCUACUCCAGAUUCUUUGCUCCAUGGAAUGGCAUCCCUGAGGAUCCCGUCACUGGUUCUGCCCACACUGUCCUGGGUAGCUACUGGUCUAAGAAACUAGGAAAGAAGAAAAUGCUGGCUUACCAGUGCUCCAGUCGAGGCGGGGAGCUGGAACUAGAAGUGAGAGACGACGGAAGAAUCUACAUAUCUGGACAGGCUGUCACUGUCCUGCAGGGAACAAUCACACUAUAGCCACAUGUAACCUAAAGGGUUGGGGAUGAUAGGACAGUCAUUACGGAUGGUUAGAGAUGGUUUAAAUAAAAAGACAAACGGAUUAUUGUCCAGACUGGUCAAUCUAAUAUUGAAACAUCACUCAGCAUGCUAACAUACUACAGGAUGGAAAGAACAUCUCAAGCUUUGAUAGCAUUUGUAUUAUUUAUUCACAAAACUGACGCAAAAAUCACAUAAAAAAUUAAAAACUAAAUACAGAGACAAUACAUGAAUAAUUAGAGGUUGUGUUGGAGGUCAAACAGAUCAAAGGUGGAAUCACCGUUAGCUUUGUGACGUUAUACAACCUGCUCUAAUCACAGUAAUGAAAAACUAAAUCAUUAGUUAAAUUAUCACAGUUCAAUAAUUGUGGUUUCCUACAAAUUCCUAGAGUUUUAACUGGUUCUCAUGAUACCAAGUAGUUUCCUUUGUAAUCAUUCUGUCUCCGUACAGCUUUAGGUUUGCUUGUAUUCUGUUGUAUGCAAAGGAAUUGACUCAAAUACUUGGUUUUGUUUGAGCUUUUUGUGUUACAGACACUAUAACUUUAUGUAUAUACCAGUAUGUUGUUUCCAUUUCUUUACUGUUGUAGGCCGGUGUAGUCCAUUCACAGAUUAAAACCAAGUACUGUCGAUGCCAUAUUACUCAUCAAGUACGUAUGAAGUUCAGUGAUGUAUAGUUGAUCCA